UACCGGAGUAACAAAAUAUGAGCAUAGACAGGCAGUGCAGAGAGCGGCAGCACAGCGGCCAAUGAUGGCAACUCGCCCCUUCUCAGCCCCCUGCAACCUGCCAACAACCACUUACAAUCACCUCGCUGCAAUGAAUGCACUGUAGGUGAGCUCAGUAUUAAAGCAAGGGGGUGGGGGGGCAGGGAUAGGGGAAUCAGAGGGACUCUCGACAUGACAGGCGCCAAUGGCCAUAGCGUCGGUGGUAAAAUUGGCAAGCCAAGCAGAUCUAAAGCUGCAAAGGCUGCAGGUGGUGUACAGCCGGCAACAGCACCCAGCAAUAAUGUCGCCAAAUGUCCCGGCGAGGAAGACGAAAAAGAUGGAGGGGUGCUUUUCUAUGUGAAUAAAAGUGGCUUCCCGAUUGAUGAACGAACUUGGCAAAGAAUGUGGACGCAUGUGGCUAAAAUACACCCUAGCGGGAAGGAGAUGGCGGAGAGUAUACGGAAAGCUGCAUUUAUACCCCGUCCUCCAGUGCCGUUACUGCCAAAGUACAAGCAGUCCACGUCAGUGCCAGAGUGGCUGCGCACAGUACAAUGUUACAUGAAGCUUCUGCAAUACAAUCACACUGGAACUCAGUUCUUUGAAAUUAAGAAAAUCAGACCUUUGAGUUGGUUGAUGGACACAGCGAGAGAAAUGACUCGUGAAUCAUUGCCAAUUAAAUGCCUUGAAGCUGUGAUUCUUGGAAUAUACCUUACUAAUGGACUGGGAAUCGUGGAACGUUUUCCAAUCAGCUUUAAAACCCAAUUCUCAGGGAAUUACUUUCACCACGUGGUGCUUGGUGUCUAUCAUAACGGACGUUAUGGCACAUUGGGUAUGAGCAGGAGGGAGGACCUGAUGGACAAGCCCUUGGUUUUUCGAACACUCAGUGACCUGAUUUUUGAAUUUGAAGAGUCCUACCGGAAGUAUCUACACACUGUGAAGAAGGUGAAGAUCGGCUUGUUUGUCCCACAUGACCCGCACAGUUUCCAGCAGAUUGAGUGGAAGCAUUUGGUUCUAAGCACAGGCAAGAUGAGCAGAGAGGAAGUGAGGAAAGAGAUGGAGAAGCACGCUCGAGAUAUGAGAAUGAAGAUGAUAAAAAUCUCAGGUUCCCAGUCUCCGGUUAAGGAACGACAGCGGGGGAAAUCUCUGUCACCUCGUCGCCGCCAAAUAAGCCCUCAGAGACGACUUAACCGAAGGGAUAAAUCGCCUGCCAUAACAGAUUGGAAGCCAGCAGAACUCAACACACUGAAUGAUGUUGGAUAUCAAAUCCGCAUCUAAAGAAGCCAUGGAGUGAAAGCUGUUACAUUUUACUAUCUUCAAUGGUGCUCUUCCAUGCAUUUUUGUUUCCAGUCCUUGUUUUAAUGGAUGAAUACUACUUCUGAUGAUUGGCGUACUCUUUUCUUUGGACAGUGUUGAAACCCGAAAGGUCAAACAAAUGGUGCACUAAUCUAUGUAUCUUGUGUAUUUUGUUAAAAAAAACCAACACAAUAUGAAUCUGUUCCCCAGUUGCAGCAGUGUGAUUAAUGUUCAUGUUACUGCUAUGUGGCUGUUGAAGGGCAUUAUUGUGUGAAUCCCACAGCUGAAACUUGACUGGAAGUCAGACAGUGGUGCUUCCUCAAUGCUAAGUAGUGGCUGAUAUUUGGGGGUCUGUAAAUAGAUAGUAACUUCAAGUGAAAUAAAGCAAUAGAGAGCUGCUAUGGGGAAAAAAAGGUUUACUUUCCAGUACCAGUAAUAGCCAAUGAAAAUGAAUAACCAAGCAAUGGAGCCAAUGCUCAUGAUAAUUUUAAGUGUUUUGAGAAGAAUAUGUUUUAAUAUAACGAUGAAUGGAAAAACCUCCCCAAUAUUUUGGGGCAUUUUCAGUGGGUAAAUAUAGCAUUUCUAACCAGCAACGUUUUUGACCUCUGGUCUUUAGUAGGUUUCCUGAUCUCGGCGAGGCACAAUUGUCCUCCCUCACCUUGGGUUAUAGAGGUUAAUAAUGAACAGUCAUGUUUACCUUCAUCAUUUAAUCAAUUGGAAGUUGGAAAAAAUGCAGCCCUGGGUAGAUAACGCUUAGCUAUGAUGUACUGGAGUUGAGCCUUUAUCUAACAAUGUCCUUAUCUAGGGUGGCCACGGUGGCACAGUGGUAGAGCUGCUGCCUUACAGCGCUUGCAGCGCCGGAGACCUGGGUUUGAUCCUGACUGCCGGU